CUCGUAUGAUUAUUCGAUAACGAGGUUAAUGAAAGUACAAGUACUCGCGACCAUCACUUGUUAAUCUCAAAAGUAUCAAAUUUACUCAAACAAGAAAUCAAAAUCAUAAUGGCUCCAUCCGCAACUGAAGUUCUCCCAAUUGAUUCUCGAAUCAAGGAUUAUGUCGUACAAAAGAAAGACACUCUUGCACUGCCAGCUGCAGCACGCGCUCGCUUGGAGAAAGCGGGCAUAAAUCUGAGCAACGGCUAUCCCGAACGUCCUGCCAAGCCUCUCUACCUUGACGAUGCAAUUGAAAUCAGAAAUGUGGAUCGCGAACAUGUGGAUGCUGGUGCGCGAGCUGACAAGUCCAAGAGCGCUCUAUUCUCUGCAGCAAAGGAAGUCAUUGACUUGACCAAGCACAUUGGGACUGAGAUUGUCGGUCUGCAAUUAAAAGACUUGACCGAUCAACAAAGGGACGAGUUGGCUUUGUUAAUUGCAGAAAGAUCUGUGGUAUUCUUCCGAGACCAAGAUCUUACCCCUCAAGAACAGAAGAAGCUCGGUGAACAUUUUGGAGAAGUCGAGAUCCAUCCUCAAGUCCCACAUGUUCCGGGCGUCCCUGGAGUCACUAUCAUUUGGCCUGCACUUCAAGCAACAGAAAGGAAGGCAUCGUUCAGACAACCAGGAGGAGCUUCCAAAUGGCACACUGAUCUUGUCCACGAGAAGCAUCCCGCAGGCAUCACUCACCUGCAUAAUGAUACGAUUCCCUCCAUUGGUGGAGAUACACUUUGGGCGAGCGGCUAUGCUGCCUAUUCGAAGCUCAGCCCUGAAUUCCGCAAAAUUAUUGAUGGCAGAAAAGCUGUCUAUGUCAGCGCGCACACUUAUCUCGACCGCAACGAUCCAACUGCAGGACCGAAGCGCAUCGAGCGCAUUCAUCCAAUUGUUCGAGUUCAUCCGGCCACUGGGUGGAAGUCUCUCUUCGUUAAUCGAGCCAUGACCAAAGAAAUCGUGGGAUUGGAUAAAGCCGAGAGCGAUUUAAUCUUGAAUUACCUGUACGAUGUGUAUGAGCAAAAUGUCGACAUUCAAGUUCGAUUCAAGUGGACCCCGAGAACAAGUGCCUUGUGGGAUAACCGCAUCACGAUCCACAAUGCCUCAUGGGAUUACGAGGGAUCAGAGCCUCGUCAUGGAACAAGAGUCACCUCUUUAGCCGAGAAGCCAUACUUUGACACUGAUGCACCCACAAGAAGGGAGGCAUUGGGACUACCUGACAACUAGGAGAGAUGGUUCGGAUGUCGCAGCUCAUUUUCGUACAAGAGAGGGCGUUUGUGAGGCGGCGAUAAGGCGGCAUGCAGGCAACCGAAAGUGGUGCGUUGCAGCAAGACAGACAGUCGCCAAUCGCCCCCCUGGAUUGGCUCGCUUAGCGAGGGGUGGUGUCACAGGGUGGGGGGAACCUGGAAGGCUGCAACAAGGCAAAC